AUGCCCGGGAGUGAGAGGGAGUCCAUGCCGUCGCCGUCGUCCGGAGAGCGCGGACGGAGCGGAGAGACGCUGCGCGAGCACUGGGAAUGCCUGCGGGCGUUGGAUAAGCAGUUGGCGAACGCGGCGGCGUCGUUUUCGGACGAUGACGGCGCGUUCACGUACGCGAGCGCGUAUGAAGUGGCGAGGGAGUGGAACGGGGUGGUGUUGGAGGUUAAAGCGCCGAAACCGACGCUGAAAUCUCCCAAUGGGUUGUCCAAGGAGGAGUAUAAGAAGGUCAUCGGCGCGUCGCAGUGGAUUCGAGGCGUCAUCGAAGGGGCGACGAGGAUAUCGUUAUUGAGCAUAGAAGCGAUGCCGGUGCCGGCGGCGUGGCAAGAAUCGUUGCAGGCGAACGCGAAAGAGACGAUAGGGGUGCGUUUGUACAACGAACUGAGCGUGAGUUACGGGUUCGAUCCCGAGGCGUUGGCGGAUCGCGAGUCCUUCUGGGGGAGCGAUUUGACGGAAGAACACGCGGUGAUGAGCGACAUCGACGUCGUAGCGCAAUUAGACGCGCUAGAAAAAGCGGAAGCGGUGUGGAGUGCGAAGUUGAAGGAGCAACAAACGAUCGACUCGUUGGAAACUCUGAAGACUUGGGGACACGGUUCUCGCGCGAAGACGCUCGCUCGACGACUUCGAAACUCGAGCGCGUACCGCAGAGUGCUCUAUGCGAGAUACCCCAACGCCGAGUUCACUUCACUCCAACAGAUGAAACUCGCGAGGAACGACAACGUGGCUUUGGCCGCCUUGGCGUCCUACGCCGGCGGUCUCAUUCGCGUCGCGUCGUCGCUCCGCGAGCGCACGCUCGACGUUCUCGAGGUCCAUCACGCCGCGCUCGGCGAAGCCAAUCCCCAUCGCAAGUCCCCGAAGCCGUUCGGCGUGUUCGACUACAUCUCGUUCACCGCCAGUCGCACGUCUGAGCUCGUCUACGAGCUCGGAAAGUCGCUCGAACGCACCUACGACGGCACCCGCGCCCUCGUCGGCGUCGACGGCCGCGGCUGCUCCGCGCAGCCCACCGCCGCGCUCGCCGACCGCUCUCCCGCCGCGAUUCACUUCGUCUCCGACACCGAUGACUCCGACGACGAUUGACCGCCCGCAUUCGGGCCGUUGUAUUUUAUUCACCGCAUCGCCGCG